AUGAGGCUAGCAACGGUCUCUAACCCAGCUAGACUGAAUUGCUCUCCAAGGCACCUCCGAACCCUCUCUACACCAUGUGCCCUCAAACAUGUCCACGGUGACAAGACCGACCCGCGUUUCUCCAGCCUGGGACAACUAAUCGAGGACAAAUUCGCGAAUAUACAAGAAGACUACCAAUGUCCCAAAAAUGCCAUUGUCCUGGCCCAUGGUUUGUUAGGGUUCGCCGAACUCAAACUGGCGGGUUCCUUCCUCCCGCCCAUUGAGUAUUGGCAUGGGAUCAAGGAUGCCUUGACCAUGAAAGGGAUCAAGGUGAUUACGACGACGGUGCCGCCUUAUGCAUCGAUUGAGAAUCGGGCAAGGGCUUUGGUGGAGGAUAUUGCGGCUGAGGCGAAGGGGUGUGAUGUUAAUAUCAUUGCGCAUAGCAUGGGGUGA